CAGUGUUCCAGCCGUUCCAGCGGGCCUCCUUACCCAGAUGUGUAGGAAAAAAAAAAUCAAAACUCCAAGACACCACUGCCAAGUCCUGUGUUUUCACAGCGCUGGCAUCACGUCCAGGAAUGUCUGCGACAGCACGUCGCGCCGUUUCGACCUCUCUUUUGUUUGUUCUAAUCCAUCUGAUUUCUUCAUUUUUGACCCUUUGCACAAGGAUGCUUAUACAGUUACAGGGUUUGAGACAUGAACGAAAAAAAAAAAAAAAACGAAAGAAAACAAAAAGUCAAGAGCCAAACAUUGCAGCAAUCCUGCACCCAGCUAACCCUGAGUCGCAGAGCUGUACGCGACGGCACGCCUGUUUUUAAUCAAAACCGACUCGCAGACGUCAAACUUGGAGAGAGUUGGAGCGAAAGAGAGAGAGAGAGAAAGAGAGAGAGAGGGAGGAAGAGAGAGAGAGGGAGGAAGAGAGAGGGAGAGAGGAAGUAGUGAACUCCUGUGAGAAAACUGUGGGAGGACGAAGGAAGGGGUAGGAAGGAGAGAGAAUAAGCAGAUGACAGUAAAUAAGAAAAAGACAGAGACAGAGAGAGAGAGAGAGAGAGAGAAAGAGAGAGAGAGAUGACUCAGUCUUAGACAUUGUCAGGAGCGCAUGGAGAAACAGAGCAGUCAUAUCUGCGUCAGCUAAAACCCGCUAAUGCGAUCAAGAUGAGCGUCUGCUGCUCCUGCUGCUGCUCCUCACAACACUUCACCCAGACUCUUUCUCCAAUUCUCUGCCUGGCUGUGGCCUAGUCAAGAAACAGCUCUCAGACUUGACCUGGGAUUUUCUGGGAACACUUCUGAGGAGUAGAGGAGACAUGAUCAGGAGGAGCUUUGGGAAUGGAAAGAUCUUGGUGGCUUCUUGGUGCAUGAAGAGCUUCGUGAAAAAGGCUCUGGACUGACUUCUCAAAUUUGUUUCUGGUCUUUGAUUGGGCUGUGGAACACUCACGCCUGGAUGGGUGCGCUCCCAGUGAUCCAGAUGACCCCAGAACAGGGACUGUUGAGUCCAUAGUGAUCUCACUUCCUUAAUGUGGACAUUGAGUAACAGGUCACGACAUCGCCAAGACUAGGCAACAGUCACGACAAGACGGAGAGAGAACAUCGAGAAGAAGGGACAAGUGCUGAUGAAUUGAGGACUCCUUCUACUUCGAGUGGGCAUCAGAGCAGGGCUCUAUGGAAUAGCAGGGAUCAUUGGCCAUGCCUGUAGCCUUGCGCACAAGGAGCUGGGAGGAUCACGUAACCCCACACUCGAGGAAGCAGUACAGCUAUGAUGACCUGGACCUAGUUUGCUGCCAUGCUGGCGUUGGUAGCCCAGCAGGUCAAAGACAGCGAGAAAGAUGCGCUUCAAUGCCAGAAUGUCACCGUCAUCUUCCCAGAGUUGAAAGCUGUCCAGGGGGCAGAAAGAGGAAGACUAGCUAUGAUGGAACAAGCAGUCAAACAUUUACCAAAGGUCUCACCUUUGUGGUGAUCAGGAACACAAUGGCGGAUGAAGACGUCAUCCAUUCCAAAGACAGUCCAUCAAAUCAGGACCAUGCAGAACCCAUUUCAGAUCAAUCUCUUUAUGGGAUCCUUGAUGAGAUACAUAUAAAAGGUGGCAAGAUCACUAAUAAAACUAUAUCAAACUUUGGUCAUUCUUCAGCAACUACUGUAGAAGCCAAGACACAAGAUUUAUCUCCAAUGACUGUUGCCUCCAAAGAUAUUUAUUCUGAAAUUAUCCCAAAUAAGAAGGUGACAAAAAAAUUAUCAGGAAACCUUAAAACCUAUGGUGAGCUAAUGGGAGAAGACACCAUUGCUGAUCCUGUGGUCCAACAAGGUGUAGAAACAUCAGACAUGGUCGAGGAUAACUUUAAUAACUCUGAUCCAAAGCCAUUGCUUGUACCAGAUAAGCAUAGUGGUGCAAAAAGUAGUACUGUCAUGACCACAGAGAUCAAGCAGUCUGAAGCUUCUCAAAUUACCAAUGAUAGUCCUGAUGUUAUCCUUAAAUCCAACAUUCAAGCCCCUGACAAUGACCAGGUAGUCAAAAGCGAAGAGGUUCUGCCGGUUCACAACCUCACCCCAUCCAUAGAAUUACCCCCAUGUGAGUUAUCUGACAAGUGCAGAGACUGCCACUCCAAACUGGACACCAUUCCAGAGGUGUCAUUUACUGAGUUAGUUGAUGAAGCACUAUGUCCAGAGAUAGGGGACAUGCCUGAGAUCACAACUUUAGCAUUUUCAGCAACCUUGAGGUCCAGUAAAGUACACAUGGAGGUCCAAAAGAAUACCCCCGAGGCUGGAUUUCUUGGAAAUUCCCAAAGCAUUACCACAGAGGUCUCACCGGACGAUGAGUCUUCAUUUGAACAUGGUACGGAAGCCUCAAAUCACAUGACGAUUCUUCAAAUGAGUCCAAAUAUGGAUGAGGUACACAGCAACCCCAAACAGGAACAGGAGGUUCCAGUUAGGCUCCGCUCACGGAAGAGCUCGCGGGAGGAGAAAGAGAGGGAACGAUCUCAGCUGGACUCCAUGGUUCUUCUCAUCAUGAAGCUUGAUCAGCUGGACCAGGAGAUCGAUGAUGCGUUAGGCUCCGCCCCCUCUCCCAGGGCCACACCCACUGCCCCUGUUUCUGAAAUGGACCUGGUGUCUCUGGAUGGAGAAGGAAGUCUCUCAGGGUCUCUGCGUUCCCUCAACACUCCUCAUCAUCAAUCUUCAUCAUCUCUCUGUUCCCUCCUAAACAGGACAUCUGCUGCGUUAUCGGAAAAAGACCGAGCAGAAAUCGAGGCGAAGGAGGCGUGUACGUGGCUCCGUGCCGCUGGUUUCCCUCAGUACGCUCAGCUCUAUGAAGAUGGUCAGUUUCCCAUCCAGAUCUCUUCAGUCACCAGAGAUCACGACUUUCUGGAUCGAGAUGCCAUCGAAGCACUUUGCAGGAGGCUCAACACUUUGAACAAAUGCGCCAUGAUGAAGCUGGAGAUCACUCCUCAGAGAAAACGGAGUGAUGACUCUGAUGAAGAUGAGCCCUGUGCCAUCAGUGGGCGCUGGACUUUCCAACGAGACAGCAAGCGUUGGUCUCGUUUAGACCAGUUGGACCUGGAUGUCUUUACACCUCCGGCGGGAGAUUCUCUUUCUACCCCUACCUUCCUCUCCUCCCAGGAUCAACGCCUGCCUGGAGGCCACUUGUUUCGGGAGAGGGUUAGCGCCAGUGCUGAAAGCGUACUUACAGAUCUUAGUGAGCAACCGGAGGUGGGAUCCUUGCACAGUGCCGGAAGCGGUGGCCAUAGAGGGUCACGGAGUAUUACGGUCCCGUCUAGCCCGGCUAACAUCAAUUCCAAUGUCGCUACUGCGUCUACCACCCGUGCUAGCUCUGUUGCAAGCGUGUGCUCUUCUGGGACUUCUGGUGCCAACGAGGAUUCUCUGUCCGAAGGCAUUCCCUCUCCGCUUGAACAUGGAACGUUUGCAUUUGAUGCCAGAACCUUCUCGGGAGAUAGCAAAAGUACACGGUCAAGGGCCAAGAGCUUCCUGAAACGUAUGGAAAGCCUACGACUGCGCAGUAGCAGUAUGUCUUCAAAGCGCAAAAAGAAAGGUGCAGUGAGCAAUGGGAGACUGGAGAUUAGCGGUCCAGUUUUGAAGGAGGGUCUGGAUGAGGACAAGCUGCGACAGCUCAAUUGUGUUGACAUUGCCACACUGGAGCGCCCCGAAACCCACAAUCGCAGCAUCUCCUACUCAACACAAACUAGCAGCGGAAGCACAGGCAGCAGCCAAUCAGAAACGAGCAGUGGGAGUGCUGUGAGUACACCCAGUCCGAUCACGAGGGCACGGAGCCACAGCACGGCGGCCGGCUCCAUCAAGAGAGUUGGGAUGUACCUGGAAGGCUUUGACCCAUUCAGUCUGGUACAGGAAAAUGAGAACCUGGAGAUCCAGAACUUUGAGAGGAGACCUGAACCAAGCAUGACCAUGGAGAACAAUUUACGGAACCACAAAAGCACUGAUGAGAGGCAAGCGGAGCAGAAGAGGAUAGACGAGGACUCUGGAAUGAUCUAUUUUUAUCUUCCUGAUGGUCACAAACCUGGCACCUUCCCCAAGUCACUCGCCGAUGGGAGUUCCUUCCAACGCAGUGACAGCAAGCCUCACCGCAGGUCCGCUACCUCUAUAGACAGUCGGUUGAGUUUCUAUGACAAUGUGCCCUUCCCUAAAAUGGGCGAUGAGGAAGAAGAUGAAGCAGACAGAGAUGAGGAAAAGCCAAAGAUCAAGGAUGUGCUUGAGCGAGUGACCGGCUUGCAGCGGCUGGUCAGCACAUGGACUGAAUUGGGGCCUGGAGAUGAAGAUGAAGAGGAGGAAGAGGAGGGAGAUUCGGACUCUGCAUUGGAUUCUGCUUCUCCUUGCCCUUCGUCACCGCUACAGAACCGUUUGAUGGAGACGGAGAACGGGAGCGACCAGGAGAGCACCGGGAAUCCGCUGGGAGAGCAGGAUGACUCUGUUAGCGCCAGAGAGAGACGAGACUCCGGCGUGGGAGCGUCACUCACCCGGGCUAACAGGCCUCAGAAGCUGCGCUGGCCUAGUUUUCAGAACUCCCACCGGCCGAGUGCGUCAUCAUCAGCGCUGCAGCUCGACUGUCAGUCCGUACUGCAGAUGAACCUGCUGCAGAAAUACAGCAUGCUGAAACUUACAGCCCUGCUGGAGAAACACACACCUACGAACAAACAUGGCUUCAGCUGGGCCGUCCCCAAGUUCAUAAAGCGGAUGAAAGUGCGCGACUCGAAAGAGCGGAGUGUGUUCGGUGUGCCGCUACACGUAAACAUGCAGAGGAGCGGACAGCCUUUACCGCAGGGCAUCCAACAGGCCAUGCGCUACCUCCGCAACCACGGCCUCGACCAGGUGGGCUUGUUCAGGAAGUCAGGGGUGAAGUCACGGAUUCAGGCUCUGCGCCAGAUGAAUGAGUCAUGUGGAGCAGAAGGGGGUGGGGUCAGCUACGACGGCCAAUCAGCUUACGACGUGGCCGACAUGCUAAAACAGUAUUUCAGGGACCUACCUGAACCUCUACUGACCAGCAAACUGUCAGACACGUUCCUGCAGAUCUAUCAGUUUAUUCCAGUGGAGGAGCGUCUGCAGGCGGUGCGAGCAGCCGUGUGUUUGCUGCCGGAUGAGAAUCGAGACGCUUUACACACACUGCUGUGUUUCCUGAGUGACGUAGCGGCUAACGUGAGCGAGAAUCAGAUGACCUGCACCAACCUGGCUGUGUGUCUCGCUCCAUCCCUGUUUCACCUGAACACCGCACGCAGGGACGCCUCCUCACCCAGAGUGAUGAGCAGGAAGAACCCGUUGGGGAAACCAGACCAAAGAGACCUGAACGAAAACCUGGCAGCGACGCACGGCCUCACACACAUGAUCCAGGAGAGCAGGAAACUCUUCCAGAUCCCCGAGGAGCUUUCACGAUGCAGGAACUCGUACAUCGAGCAGGCAUUAGUUCCCCCACGCAUGGAGGAUCUGCAGGACGACCCGCAUGGCUACAGGAGCCUCGUCAAGGACAGCAUGGACGCGCUGCUUAAAGAGGCCAAGGACAAGUUCAAGGGUUACGACACCUGCUCGACUCCUGAGCAUGCAGAGCUCGCGUGCAAAAAGGUGCACGACGGUUGGUCUCUGCGCCAGUGGAAGGUGUGUGUGGACGUGGCGGCCGGAGCAGACGAGGUCCUGCAGCGAAUCGUCCGUGAACAGGAGCGAUGGGAUGAAGACCUGCUGGAGAGCCGUGUGAUUGAUGCGCUCGACGACAACACCGACAUUUAUCAGUUCAUCCGCAACAACAUGGCACCAAACCCUGCCACUGAUUACGUGGUGCUGAGGUCAUGGGUGACGGACCUCCCUAAAGGUGCAUGUGCGUGUGUGUGUGUGUCAGUGGAGCAUGAGGCUGCGCCCGUGCUCGGUGUGCGCGCCAACGUCAUAACGUCCCGCUACCUCAUAGAGCCAAACGGCACCAACAAGAGCCGCGUCACACACAUCUCCAGGAUAGACCGCAGGGGUCGGUGUCCAGAGUGGUAUAACAAGCUGUACGGUCACCUGUGUGUCUCCGAACUUGUGCGACUACGAGACUCCUUCACCUGUCCACUGGACAAAUAAACACACACACAUACAUACACCUGGAACAACGAUGAUGAAGAUUCUCUAUAAAUCGCACACAGGCUUAAAAAAAAAAGCCUUUUGAUCAGCUUCAAGCUACAGAGGUCCGAGGUCAUGGCUUUGUACAUACUAAGGUAAAAGGUCACAUGACCGGGCCUGAGACUGGAACAGACCUGCUGCUGUGACACUAUCGAUGAUGUCAUGGAAGGACUUGAAUGGGGGGGGGUGGGGGAUGGAAAGGGGUUUGGGUCCUACUGCUUCUGAGAAGCAAGGUGUGUGUGUGUGUGUGUGUGUGUGUGUGUGUCUGCAUGAUUAUAUACAGCUCUUUCAGCAUAUCUGCCUGUAUGAUGGAUGGAUGGAUGGAAGGAUGGAUGAAUGGAGGUUGACAGAGAAGUGAGAGAUGACUGAAUCGGCAGUGGCUGGGACACUUAGAAAACGAAAGAUAGAAAGAAAGAAACAACGAAAGACGAGCGAGAACGGCUUUCAAUCCAUCGCUUUCAGAAACUUGCGUACGCUUUUUUUUUUUCUCCUAUUCGAUGUACUUCCUGACCUUCUAGCUACUCUUAAUAACCAUAACCACACAGCUGUUGCCACGGUUACAGCUUAUUAAACCCCCACCCCCACCCUGUUCUAGCCGGAGUUUGAUUGACACGUUUCGUUUUAUAGUCCACACACGUGAACUCAAUGUUUGGUGGGUUCAAUGUUUUUUUUUUUUUUUUCUUUUUUCUUUUAAACUGUUUUUUUUCCUUGUAUUUUUCCCGAUUAGCAGAAUUCGGAUUUGAAUUUGGUGUGUUUAAAGAUUCAAAUCGUAAUUUCUGCAUGUCCUCAUGGCUACACUCCGGCGUAGCUACAUCAUACUAGUAUUAUUAUUAUUGCUUUAGAAACCGGUUCUCUGUUUUUGUUUUCUGUAGAUUUCUUGAGUAUUUUGACAGAAUUAACGAUGGUUGUAAUUGGAAAAAAAGAAACGCAGGAAGUGCUGGAGUUGAACAGAAGUAGGAGCUAUUGAGCUAGUGAUGAGAAGAUACACGUAAAGAAAGAACUUUCGAUUUGUGAAGACAAGAAGUGAUGGAGAAAUGUGAAGGGGGGGGGUGUUUUUUUGAGAGCUGGGUAGCUUUAAAGCACAAUAGCAGCUGAGCUCAGCGGUAUUUGUUGUAUGUUUGGUCAUUGGUGUGGCUCGUGGGUGUGGCCUCCCUGAGUUUUUUUUUUUUUUUUUUUUUUCCUUUUUUUUUUUUUGGAAUUUUUUAAGUAUACAAUUUAUAGACAUUGGAUUUAUUUAUUUUUUGUUGUAUACUAAACUGUGUACAUGCUACUCCACUGGCUAUGUACUACACCAGAGGGAAUUAAGUCCUUCCAAAUAUUUUCUUCAUGUAUAUAAAAACCAUUAGCAGUUCAUUAUAACCUUUUAGCUACUGCCGAUGAUUGUGGCUCCACCCCCUUCUAACGGACUCUUUAGUAUCCAGUCUUGGUGUAAAUGAAGUAAUUCUGGGGAAAGAAAGAAAUAAAAAAAACCACACUCAAACUUUACUUAUAAAGUGAAAAGAAAAAUCAAAAGCCGUUACAGAAACGCUGCUUGGGUUCAUCUCUCCUCAUUUACCAACAACAACAUCUGGAAAUAAUCCUGAACACAGCAUGUGUGUGUUUGUGUGUGUAAAAGCCGCCUGAUCUGCUCCUGUGCCAUAACCGUGUGUGUGUGUGUGUGUGUGUGUGUGUGUGUGUGUGUGUGUGUGUGUGUGUGUGUGUGUGUGUGUGUGUGUGUGUCAGUCCCCAAAACGCAUGCCGUUUAAUUUAAAGCUUUGUGUAUUUAAACAGAAAUAUGAGUUUUAUAUCUUUUUAUUUUAUUGUAAAUGUUAAAAACGCUUAAAGAAAACGGUUUAUCUUUAUCGUUAAUAUUAUUUCUGUACAGAUUACUCGCAAAGUGCACUAUUAAACCUAUCCAAAUCUCA